GAGCUUUCAAAUGGACCGCCGCCCAUGUUGAGCCUCAUGUCGCAUCCUUUAUUUGAGCGGGGCCAAACCAGGCUCCCAGAGUCGCUGUCGGGGUCGGGCACUUUUGGCUCAGUUUUCCGCCCAGCCUUUCCCCGUGACUAUGUCAACACGGUCUGGCAGAAGAUCAGGCAAGUCCAAAGGGUCGGCACGAUCCGGCGAUUGGUCCGAAUGGACUUGGGAUGAAAAAGGGUGGAGGUGGUAUCGAGCCCGCCUCAACUCGAGGGGGGAAUAUGACUACCAAUAUCAACUUGGGCAAACUGCCGCACAAGAUUCCACACCACGAGGAGCAACGACUACCGAGAACGUCUCCGUCCUUCCCAGUAUAUCUACAAGUUACAACCGCGAAUACUAUGAUAAUCAAGACUACGACUACCAAUACCCUUCGCAGACCUCCGGUGAAGUCAACGACUUAUCCAGAGAGUUUGCAAAAACGUCCUUGAAUGAUGAGCGACUUCCAUCAACGGAUUCUGCAUCCUACGGCGGGUACCAGUCGAAUGAGGGGCAACAGGAAAGAACCUCCACUCAGCCGAUUACAAUCCCGUCGAAUCCAUGGAGGCAGGCAGACGACGCGACCUCCAAUGAUUACUCCUCCUCUAGUCAUUCGACAGUAGUUGGCAGACAAAGCGGGUUUCAUGGCGGAAAGUCCCCUUCGCCACCGUCUGGAUAUAUAGCACCGAGUUCUUCGUCCUAUUACGCACCUGUGCCUGGACAAUUUGGACCUACUUAUAGCGUCAGCGCUAGUUACGGUUAUCCAGGACCUUUGAUGGUGGAUUCGCAGGGCAUACCAACCUCUGGCAUAGGCUACCCCAAUCCUUCACAAGGGUAUCCUAAGUCUGGAUACUCGGAGCCCGCACCAGGGUACUCGAACCCUGCACAGGGUUAUAGGGAAUCAUCGCGGGGUUCUGUGAAUUCGCAAUCACAAACACAAAGCGCUCACGGCGCCUCCGCAGCUACAAGCAGUGGUGCAAUUACACCUAAACCCACACAUAAGACGAUUACAGGAACACCUGGCGCAAAGGAGACACUAGACCCUAAUUAUAAAGUUCACAAGUCAACGUAUUUCACGCCAGGUCAAGUUUUCAAGGUACUUUGGUUCGAACCUCUAGGAGAGAACGCAAGGCAAACCAGCGCCACGGAAGUAACAGAUUUCUCAUGGGACGUGGGAGACGGGAGGUUUGGUGAGAAGCCACAUUCUAGCAUCCGCCGCUUUGUGAUUGUCGCUGCCGAUUACGGUCAUUGUCAGUGCCUGCCAAUUCUUACGUAUCACAGACAAGGAACAACAAAGCCCGGCGUAAAACGGGAAGACCACGCCAUAAUUUACACCGGCGACAGACCCCCAAGUAGAAUCGAGGGGGAAGACGAGCUAAAGCUACGCGCUAUCCGAGUGAUUCCCAAGACACCCCGAGAUAAACUUGAGAAAGAGUCGCGCAUAAAUUAUGCAAAGAUAUAUACUGUGGAGCACAACGUCAAGGUUCACUUCGUUGGCCAUGUUGAUCCGACGUUCCAACAUAAGCUUGUUACUGAUUUUGACGCUACUUGGAUGAAAAAGAGACAGAUGAGCCCUUGGCCGCAAGGUUAUUCGGCGUCGAAUACUACUGAGAGUUCGCUGUAUGUGGGAGGAGGUUAUAAGUAGAGAAUCGGAACGUCGAGACUUCUUCAAGUGAAGAGAAAUGUCGGUCGCCAAUGGCGGAUGUAUUUUCACACCCGGCAUAUAUACGUUUAGCGUGCCUCUGUUUAGGGACGUAACCACGCCUCCCUGCUGGCGAGGCGCUUGCAAU